AUUAUCUAUGAAUGAGUUUACUGCCUUUAAAUACUUAAAUUUUAAUAGAAUAGUUAAUAAAUAUAGAUAAUAAGUUGAAUUUAAUGCUUUGGUGUAAUUAAAUAGGAAAUUAAACUGCAAUAUUCUAAUAUUUUUAUUCGUUGAUGUAAGCGAUAGGCGUAAUUGACAACAACAUCCAGCAUCAAGAUGUCUCAAUGCAGCACGCUCUUUUUCAAUGGAGCCCAAACAAAGACUCCGUAUUGGACAAAUUAUCCACCAAAUGUUCCUAAAUACCCAAGUUCACAGGAAAUGUUCAGGUUUGAAAGACCAGAAAAACACACUGCCAAAGUUGGAAGAGCUUCUUAUCAGCAUUGGACAGACAAAUGGUACGAUUCUGGGUACCCAACAUUAAGACGGGAAGAACUUCCUAAAGUUGCCGACAGACACGAGCCAUGCUCUCAGCCAUGGCAGUACAAUGUCGGAACGUCAGCCAUCAGAAAAUGGGACAAACAAAAUAAAGACUGGCCAAUACACCCUAAGUAUUCUAAUCAAGGAUUGCCACCGACAGAGACCCAAAGAGCCCGAGGAAUGAACCGAUUGUCUAUUCCAAGGAAUGAUAAUCUUUAUCCAUUCUCCAACUAUAUGACCUCGACGUAUCGGCGCCCGGUAUAUUCCAUAAUGGGCCCAAUGCAGAGGGAACCAACUUAUGGCGUAACACAUCAACAUAACAGGCAUGGAAAUAUGCCAUUUGAAGAUUACUACUAAAACAUUUUGUCAUAAUUUCUCUUUAAAAAAAAAUGGUCAAAAAAAUUAACUAAUACAAAAAUAAUGAAUUCAAACUCUUUAAAUAGAUGUUAUAACUUAAAUGCGCCUAAAAUAUGAAAAUAUUUCAAAACAGAACAUAGUGUUGCAUUCAUAAAAAUACGAUGAAAACAAAAUCAGUAAACAUGAAUUUGAAAAUUAAAGGUACGUUUUAAACUAGUGCAAAGAAAAAAAUUAUAAAUGAAUUUGAAAAUGAAUGUUUUUGUUAUUGUAUUGUUUCUCACUAACAUUGGUUGUUGGUCUUUUCUUGUUGAUGUUGAUGUUUUGUAUAUUUGAUAAAAGUUGUUUAGUUGUUUUUUAAAAAUUUUAGUGGUCUACAACUUUGAAUUCCUUGCAAUUAAAGCCCAGUUUCGAAAAAAAGAA